AAACGAGCGGAGACGGAGAUCGAGGCACUUGACGAGCGAAACGGAAUAGCUUUUAAAUCAGUUAAUUGUUUUCGUAUCUUGUUAAAAACUACCUGUUAUUCUUACAGCACAUUUCUAACUACAUGGUACUUCGCAAUGGAGGGCAUUUAUGACGAUUUGAGCAAUUACGAAGACGUAAACGCUGUUCAUGAGCUGCGUAAUGAAAACAAAGAAUUGAAAGUGAAGCUUGAGGAACAUGCUGCAGCCAUGCAAAAGCUUCAAAGACAAAUAUUACAGGACUAUGACACCUUGGAGAUGGAGUUCAAGAAACUGGAGAACAACUACUCUUCAUUGUUGAAAACUGCUCGGUCAGAGAUUGAGAGGAAGAACCAAAGGAUUACACAACUUAAUUUGGAAAAAGACACAAUGGUAUUAGAAGCUUUAAAGAAAGGGCAAACUAUAAGAAGACAUUUCAACAAAGGUGUACCAAAUAACCAGAGAUACAAUGAGAAACCAAAUUUUCCUGAUAAUAGGAAAGAAACAAAUAAUAAGGAAUGUGAUGUCAAGCAGAAAAUUACUAGGACUGAAAGAUUUGAACCGACUCCUAGAGACACAAAGGACCUGAUUACUGAUACUCAUAAUAGGAAUAAGUUUGAAAGUGCAGGUGCAAGAGAUGUAUGCACUGGUAGGAACACUAAUGUGGUACAUAAAAAGACUGAAUUCAAUGAAAUACCUAAAAUGCAGGCAAGCAGCAUCCGGGAUAGAAGGAAGUCUACACCUGCUGCAUGCAGCAUGCCGGUUGACUACUUUAGUUCGGACGAAGAAAACAAACAAAACUAUCAAGCCAAAGAUACAAGACCUGAUUAUCCACCACUGGAUAAGUUUGAUAAGAGAUACAUUAAUAAACAUUCUCUAGAUAGACAUAGCAAUAAAACUUCAGAAACAUCCAGUUUUGAAGACAGAGGUAAUAAUUACCAUGAAUACUCUUCGAGGGAUUCGAGGGAUAGAGUGAGAUCUGGUAGAAAUAUGGCAAGCAGUUCAUAUAGGGCCCGAGAUAAGUAUGAAUUGAAACCAAGGAAGCAAUAUAGCCCUGACAGAGGAAUGAAGAGGAGUUACAGAGAACAUCAAGAUGACUAUCGGAGACAAGAACGCGGGAGAUAUCAAGCAAGAUCACUUGAAAGUCCGCCACCUGAACCUUACAGUCGUCACUCACGUCGCUAUCCGGAGCCCCGGCCCUCGUCUGACUCCAGACAUGGCCAUGAUUAUGAUAAAUAUAUGUACCGCCAUGAAGACAAGUACUCUUCUAAAAGUAAAUUAUCUAUGGAUCAUGAUGAGCCACAAAGUAAAAGACUGAGAAGGGAAUCAUUUGGCAAUCCUGAUGCACACUCCAGGGAAGACAGGACUAGAUAUCACAAUGAGAAAGAGUCCUCGGAAGGCUACCGCAACCCUGAAUUUUCGCCACAUGAAUAUGAAACGCAUCGUUACUCCUGUCAGUCACCAGAUUUAGAGCACGCCGACGCAGCUUCAACCGAACCAAUAGAAAUAAAGACUGCUACUACUACACCCAUACAAGAUCCCCGACUGACAGACAGUAAAUAUAUUUUGAAGCAAGAACAUGGAAAGGAGACAAUAUCUACCACAGUGGGCAGAGAUAUUGAUCUCAUACCAAUUGACAAAGUUAAGUGGAAUAUGACUCCAGUUGAAGUCCCUUAUGCUUUAAUGCAGCAACCUUCUGAAUAUAGAGAUGACAUUGUUAAACAAAUUUACAUGGACAUCGAUAGUCCAAAUGCCGAUGCACAUUCAGCAGCGGAAUCAGUUCCCUAUAGUUCUAAUGAUAGCUGUAACGAAAAUUUCCAAGGUAGUAUAGAUGUUGCAGUAAGGCUAGAAGAAACAGAUUUUAAUUCAAGACAGGGAACAGAUGCUCAUUUAAAAGAUUCUCAACAUAUAAACAAAUAUCGGAUUCCUAAAGUCGGGCAAGAUAAAAUAAACGCUCGAAGCCAAAUGGAUUUUCAUCAUAUUGAAUUAGGCUUUACUGAACCUCAUAUUGCGAAUAUUCAUAAUAAAGUUGAAACUGAGACUCGCGGUCGAAAAGAAUUAGUACAUAGCCAGGAACCUAGAGAUUGGCGUGAUGAUCGACGUCAUAUGAAUGAAGAUUGCGGCACAAUAGAAGAUAAAGUCGGAAUUCAAAAGCGAAAAGCUAAUCUAGCUAUUGUUGCAGAUGAUUUAGAACUAAGCGACGACAAUAGCGAUCACUUUGAUAUUAACCGCCACACAGUUUCAGAAAACAAUCCUAAAAAAUCCACAGCACAGCUAACUGCCAUGGAUGUUACAUGUGAGGUUUCUGUUCAAAGAAUAGAUAAAGAUUCAUCCAAAACUUCUUCGGACAUUGACCCAUUUGAAUUGCACAGUGUUGGGGAAUUCAGAAAUGAGGAAGCUAGCUCUCCUGGAAGACAUAAGACUAAACUUAACCCAAAGGAAGUAAGAUGUGAGGAUUCUGUUCAUAAAAUAGAAAAAGAUCCAUCUAAUCCAUACAAUGCUGUCAAGGUAAUCAAAAAUAAAGAUGCUGACUCUACUAGGAAGUCUAAGAGUAAACUUAAUACUAAGGAAGUUAAACGUGAUGAUUCUGUUCAUAAAGUAGAUAAAGAUUCAUCUAAACAAUUUGUUGCUGAUGAAGAACUCAGAAAUAUAGAAGAUGACUGUACUAGGAAGCCGAAGAGUAAACAUAAUACCAAGGAAGUUAAAUGUGAUGAAUCUGUUCUUAAAGUAGAUAAAGAUAUAUCUAAAACGUCUCUGAGUUUUGACUUUGUUGAUAAUGUCAAAAUUAAGGAUGCUGACUGCGCUAGGAAGCAUAGAAUUAAACUUAAUACCAAGGAAGCUAGAGGUGAUGAUUCUAUUCAUAAAGCAGCAAAAGAUUCAUCUCAAACAUCUUCUAGUUUAGAAACUGUUGAAUCGAAUGUUAUCAGAGAAGUAAAAAAUAAAGAUACUGACAGCGGUAGAAAGCACAGGGGUAAACUUAAUACCAAGGAAGUUAGAGCUGACGAUUCUGUCCGUAAAACGGCAAAAGAUUCGUCUCAAACGUCUCCGAGCUUAGAAACUAUUGAAUUGAAUGAUGCCGCAAUAGAAAAAAAUAAAGAUGUUGAUAGCGCUAGGAAGCAUAGGAGUGAACUUAAUACCAAGGAAGUUAGAGUUAAUGAUUCUGAUCACAAAACGGCAAAAGAUUCGUCCCAAACGUCUCCGAGCUUAGAAACUGUUGAAUUUAAUGAUUCAGAAGAAGUAAAAUAUAAACAUGCUGACAGCGCUAGGAAGCAUAAGAGUAAACUUAACACCAAGGAAGCUAGAGGUGAAGAUUCUGUUCGUAAAACGGCAAAAGGUUCAUCUAAAAGAUCUCCGAGUUUUGAUUUGACUGAUGCUGAAAAAGCAAAAAGUAAAGAAGCUGACUGUACAAAAAAACAGAAGGGUAAAAGGAAAAAAUCUCAAUCCGUGGAGAUUCCCAAAGAUCUGAUAGAAAGUAUAGAUGUCAUUCAAUUUUCAGAAAAGAAGGUAAAAAACAAAAAAGAAAAGGAAGGUAAACCUAGAGAAACAAAGGAGACAUUUUCUGCGCUUUUCGGAGAUAGUAGCAGUUUGAUGACUCCAGAGGAUUUAGGAAUACCUAUGUAUGUACCUAUUUCAGAAGACGCGCAGGAUGCAGUAGACAUAAAAAUAGACCGAAUUAUUGAUGCUACGCCACAAGAAGACAAAGACUUUCCUGCCAUUGUUCAUAAAGUAAAUGCCAUAGAAAUGACGGAAGAAGCAACAGCCGUAACCCAUGACGAUAAACCUACAGAUGUUCCAGAAAAUUCUAACAUGAAAGAAAAAGAAGGGUUUGAACAAAUAGGAGGGAAAAAGGCCCCCAAAAAGAAAGGAGUUAAUGAAAGUUUAUUGGUGUCUAUUAAUAUAGAACCCCAUGAACUUCCAUCGCCUGUUCUCUAUGAAAAUAUGAACCCUGGGACUGAUUCUAACGAACCGCCUGACAUUGUUAAAACUGUUGUAAUUUCAACAGGGAAGCAGCCUGAAAUAGAGUUUGAUAAUAGAGAACUCACAGUGACCCCUAUCACAGAUGUGGUAGGCAAUGAAGAACAAACUGCUGCAGAUAUUAGUCAGGUUCCAGCUUUAAAGGAAUUUAAAAGACUUGACUCACUGAAAGCUUUAGCUACGUCUACACCACACAAAGAUUUUCCGAUAUCAAACCCAAUAGAAGCGGGUGUUAUGAAAUCAAUUAUAGUUUGUGACUCUAAUAAACCUGUAGAACAAGGAGUCAAAGAAAAUUGCGCGAAUACUUUCGAAAGUCAAGACGCACCUGACGUGAGAAUCUUUGUGAAAAGGCGCAGAAAACUUGCAAAACGGCCAGCCACUUAGCAGCCGCUGACUGACUGUAUCAGGCUUGUAAUCUGUGAAGUGUGGAAAGUGGAGCUGAGUAGGAAGAUUCCGUGUGACUGGUAUCCGAGGUUCCGUAUGUCUUGUAUCCGUACUGGAUGUGUGCAGCGGCCGGCAGAAACGUAGUAUUUCAUUUAAAUUGUAUUUAAGUUACCACCGUAUUUGAGAUAAGGUCAAUAAUUUCUCUAUUUAUGUAAAUAGGCUAGUUACUUUACUCUCUAGAUGGGAUCCUUGUCUAUUUUAGUGUACGACUUAUUUUUGUAUUAAACAUGACAAUUCUUUUAGAGUGUUGGAUAAAAGUAUGAUUUUUAAUAGAAGCGAUUUGUUGUUCCGGCAGACAUGACCGUAUCUAAAUAGAUAACGCAAGUUCCGUGAUUUGUGGAAAAUCAAGUGAGUCACGUUAGUUACACUUUCUGUGACUUCACAUAAAUAUUCAUUGAUUUUUGAUUUUUUUUCUUUUUUUUGCACCUGGAGCCAGUGGGUUCCCCCAAUGGUACAGUGUCUAAAAUGAACUCACGUCAUUAAUUUAGACACUGUUGGUGUAUCCUUUUUCUUGGAUUAUUUUGAUUCAGACAUGAUUGAUUGCGUGAAAUUAUUUCGGUUGUUAGUUUUUAUUCGUUUUGAUUAUCCAGAUGUGAAUUGUGAUUAAAUAUAUUUUAAGGAAAAGCUCUCAUGUAAAUACAUAUGUAGUUUCAGGAAAAGUAAAUAUGUACUUAUUUGAUUAUAGUAUAAACAUGUCAGAGUGACGCUAGUGUUCUAUUGUUGUGUAGUUUAUAAAAGAAUACAAACUGGCUUUUGUUAUAUUCAGUUCAUAGCAUAGUUUAUUCAGUGUCAUAACAAGCUACGAUCAUGAACAUAGCGCUAGACGAGCAGUAUUGAAGCAAAUAAAAAUACUUGUUAUAUUCCCA